CAGAAGCCCGUGAACGCAUCACCGGCAGCGCGUGCGAAUGCGCAGGAGCGGCUCGCCGGAGAAGUCAGAUGGAAAAGAAGCAGCAGAGAAGGAGGACGCAGAUCGCGAGGGGGGUCCACUCGGCGUUUGUUUGAGAGGGCGGACGAGGGGGGUGGGGGGAGAAAAAAAAAGUGGCAGCGAGCAUUUGGAUACAUGUUUCCAGCUGUCCACUCCAAAGCGGGACUGCUGGGAGGGGACGAGAGAGCUUGAAGCCCGCGGCAGCGAGCGCGCGCCGAGCCUUUCGCCCCCCCGCGCCCCCCAAGACUUGGAAAUCGAGCUCAUUACGCGCGCGGAGGCGGAUUUGGGAGCUAUUUGCGAUUCAGCAAGUUCUGUCCCGUGAUGAGGAAGCCACAAAAAGUGGACACCUUAGCCCGUCGUGCGUAAUUUUGUUGUCCCCCCCCCCCUCCCUUCCCCAUCUCUCCAUUUGGUGCCUCGUAUGGCUUCCCUCGGCUGGCUUGUGCAAGUCCACGCGCCCUGCUGAUUAUUUCAUGGCUGUGGGGCGCAGCGGGAGUCGUGCGUGGAGAAAGAGGACGGUGUGAGCAGAAGUAUGUCUGCACUCCGAAAGAAAUUCGGGGACGAUUACCAGGUAGUGACCACCUCAUCCAGCGGCUCCGGCUUCGGCAACCAGGCGCCGGCGGAGAAGAAGCGCAAGCGUCAGCGCUUCGUGGACAAGAACGGCCGCUGCAACGUCCAGCACGGCAACCUCGGGGGCGAGACCAGCAGAUACCUCUCGGACCUGUUCACCACCCUGGUGGAUCUGAAAUGGCGCUGGAACCUCUUCAUCUUCAUCCUCACCUACACGGUGGCCUGGCUCUUCAUGGCGUCCAUGUGGUGGUUCAUCGCCUACAUCCGCGGCGACCUGAACAAGGCGCACAACGACAAGUACACGCCGUGCGUGGCCAACGUCUACAACUUUCCCUCGGCCUUCCUCUUCUUCAUCGAGACCGAGGCCACCAUCGGCUACGGCUACCGCUACAUCACGGACAAGUGCCCCGAGGGCAUCAUCCUCUUCCUCUUCCAGUCCAUCCUGGGCUCCAUCGUGGACGCCUUCCUCAUCGGCUGCAUGUUCAUUAAGAUGUCCCAGCCCAAGAAGAGGGCCGAGACGCUCAUGUUCAGCGAGCACGCGGCCAUCUCCAUGCGCGACGGCAAACUCACGCUCAUGUUCCGCGUGGGGAACCUGCGCAACAGCCAUAUGGUCUCCGCGCAGAUACGCUGCAAACUGCUCAAAUCUCGGCAGACCCCCGAAGGCGAGUUCCUUCCCCUGGACCAGUUGGAGCUGGACGUCGGCUUUAGCACGGGCGCAGACCAGCUCUUCCUGGUGUCGCCGCUCACCAUCUGCCACGUGAUCGACACCAAAAGCCCCUUCUACGACCUCUCGCAGAGGUCCAUGCAAACGGAGCAGUUUGAAAUUGUGGUGAUACUGGAGGGCAUCGUGGAGACCACGGGGAUGACGUGCCAAGCGAGGACGUCCUACACCGAGGACGAGGUUCUGUGGGGACACCGUUUCUUCCCGGUCAUCUCCUUGGAGGACGGGUUCUUCAAGGUGGACUACUCGCAGUUCCACGCCACCUUCGAGGUGCCCACGCCGCCGUACAGCGUGAAGGAGCAGGAGGAGGCCCUGCUCCUGUCCUCGCCGCUCAUGGCGCCGUCUCUGUGCAACAGCGGCGAAAAGAACAGCUCCCUGGACUGCCUGGAGACCCUGGAGGACAAUGACAGCACCACCAAGCUGCCCACCAAGCUGCAGAAGAUCACGGGGCGGGACGGCCUCCCUAAAAAGCUACUGAGGAUGAGCUCCACCACCUCGGAGAUGACUUACAGUUUCGGAGACCUGCCCAUGAAGCUGCAGCGAAUCAGCUCCGUGCCCGGCGUGUCCGACGAUAAGCAGGGCGGGAAGGCCUCCAAAAUAAGCACAGAGCCCAUCAGCAAGUCGGUGGCGGACUUACCCCCCAAACUGCAGCGACUGGCCGGGGGAGGCCGGAUGGACGGACACCUGCCGCCCAAACUCAGAAAGAUGAAUUCCGAUCGUUUUACAUAAAGAAGCCAAUCACCCGUCUUUUGACUUCCCCUUGUACUAUUCCUGAUUUAUGAAUUGACAUUUUACUCGUGUGUACAAUAUGUGCACAGAUACAAUCUGUGUGUAAUUCCUUCUGACCAUUCUCAGUUGGCAAUCGAAAAAGGGACUUUUUAUUGUUUUAUUUUGGGUUUUUUUUUUUUUAAUCAAACUGUGGCUCAACCCGAAAAUGAGCCUUCAAUUUUCAUUUUUCAAUUAUAGGCUCGGAUAAAAAAAAAAAAGGAAAAUAUAAAAAGGGGUCACAGGUUUUUCUUUUAUUUUUACGCAGUGGUGCUUUAAUAGAUAAAGAUGGUAUAACAUUUUGUUUUUUGUUUUUUAUUUUUAUGAUUGCCAAUUGAAAAUGGAAAGAGUGAAUGCAAAAGACUGAAGACCUUUGAUCAAACAGGGGGGGGGGGGGGUGGAAUACCCUUUGAGUUUCCACAAUUCAUUUUCAGGCUUGGAUCAGAAAUGUAAAAUUCGGGCACCGGACCGAAUUUGAUUUUCAUGUUGAAUUGUUUCUAUUUACAUGACCUCAAAUUUUGCAAAUGAUGAUGAGUAAAGAUACGAUAGCUUGUUAACCACCACAAUCUGUCAAAGGGAGACGUCUACCGCGCACACUUUUUCAACGUAGUACAUCAGCGGCGUACUGCUUCUUCUUUCAUUGAUUUGCCGAUUCUGUUUAUUUCAAUGAGCGCACCAAGGUUAGAAGUGGUGGGGGUGGCGGGGUAACUCUGAUUGGCUAGAGUCGCGCACAUUUCCCACAUCAGGUCUGACGGGAGUUCAUUUGCUCACAGCUCUCAGGUCUGUCUCUGCGGCCUUGCGGCCCGGUAACCGGUUCGCGGACCGGUGGGUGAGGGACCAUUGUUCUAAUUAGCGCUUCAGGUGUCUUCCAACUUAUAAUCAAUCAAUCAGUUGGUCUAAUUACAGGGUGACAUGUAAUCAUUUCACUGCUUCGUGACCUGGUGUGUACCGCACUAACCACGAAACUAACUAACUAACUAACACGAGCUUUCUCGGGAGAUUCAAAAGAAACGUACAGACGGGCAUCUCCAAGCAGCUUGAUGUUCCCAUGACGACAGCUGCGCGUAUUGAAGGUUCUCAUAUGGAUGGAUGGAACAUGGCGGUUAACAAGCUAAAAUGUCUUGAUUCAUUCGAGCUACCAAUCUGAGUCAUGUGGCCCGUUUUUCAUUUGUGUAUUUUUGAUCUGAGCCUAAAUUUAAAAUUGUGAAAAGUCUCAAGUUUUAUUUUUUUCCGGGAGAUUUAAAAAUAAAAAAAGGCUUUUUUCCCCUUUAUUUUAUUUUUCUUAAUUUACAGUUCAAAAUGAAAAAUGAAAAUGACGCACAGAUUGGAUGGCGUCAAGCACAUCUGUGUGACUUGUGCAAGCAAUGAAGAGAGACCUCAGACUCUUUUUUUUUUUUUUUUUUUUUUUUUAGGGCGGUGUACAAUUAGCACAAUCAGGCAUGUAAGAAAACGGCGCAUGUAGAACCGAAUCUCAAUAAUUCCUGGCAUGAAAUGUUUAUAUAUGAAAAAAAACAAAACAAUAAGUUCAUUCGUGAAUUUAUCGAAGAGUGGAAUAUUGCACAAAGCCAUAAGAUUUCCAACCGACAUGAAAUAUGAUUCUACGUAGGUUUGUGGCGACGGGCGGCACAUACCAUUUGUUCCUUGAGUUUCUUGCUUUUGUUGUUCAAUGUAAAGUUGUGGCAAUGUUCUGUUGACUGCAUGCUCCUCUUACUGACUAGACAAAAAGGUAAUAGACAAAGAUGUUUUUUAGCCUUAACUAUAUUACCUUGUUUCCAUCUUUACGUUCCUUCACGGUGUUCCUUUGCUCUUUUCAUCGGCGUGCUGCUUUGCCACGCGCCAUUUUUAAGGACUCUGUUCGUUGCGCCAACACGGAACAUUUUGUCUAAACGACGACUGCCUUUUACAGCGCAUCUCAUGUCCCCGGAUGAAACGGGGGCCGCAAACAGCGACGCAAUUUCCACAUGCUUAUUAAAGUCAAAAUUUCAUUUCAAA